CAUAGUCAAAACAGCUUGGUUGGCAGUGUGUCUCUCUGGGUCUCUGGCAAUACAUUGCCCUGUAAGAACAGGUUCCUCGCAGAGAGUGACGCAUCGAUAACGCUGAUGGUCUAACACCAGCGUGUGGUGUUGGGGAAUUUCCCUUGUAACCUGUGAAAGAGCGAGCUGCAGACUGAGAGCGGAGGACCCAGUGACAGGAGACCAGCAGCCGAAAGACUGCAAGAGGGCGAGAGGCAAAGAGGAACUCGCAUACACAGAGGUGGUUUAAACAGAGCGGCGGCAAGCGAUCUGAGAGGAGGACGAUACACGACCCGAGGGGUUUGGUAUCCAGGGUCCAGCGGUACCUGUCAGACGCCAGGAGCCAACUUCACAUUCCUCGGAGGCGAUCAGUUGUAUCCAGACACGGUGAUUGGCAUGGGACACGCGAAGUGUAAUCAGGUAUAAAGUGGAGAAUUGGUGCUGAAGAGAUUAAAGAACACUGAAAAUUCCAUGUUUAAGAUCAUCUUUUGAGGUCCUCAAUCUGAUUAAAUCAACUUUAGAAGCACCGAGUAAUUCUGAAGGAUAGAACUUAAAUAUUCUGCUUGUAAAAAUGAAUGGAAAUGAUUCAACUCCAAAUUCCAACUCAACUCCAAAUUCACUCAUUUCUGACACUACAGUCACACAGGAUAAAAUAGUUUGUAACCAUACAGUAUUGCCUAUCGAACACUUCCUAAUCCUUACAGAAAGCCAAAAGAAAAUUAUUGCCACAUUGUGUUUGACAGUGGGGCCUUUUACUAUUUUGGAAAACAUCUUCAUUUUAUGUGUGAUAUUCUUUACUCCACAGCUCCGAAGUCGACCUUCUUAUUUAUUUAUUACUAGCCUUGCAACUGCCGACCUCAUGGCAAGUGCUGUAUUUGUUUACAGUUUUGUUGGCUUCCAUGUUUUUGAGUACAAGGACAAUAAGCACAUCUUUCUGUUUAAACUGGGAUGUGUCAUUGCAUCGUUCUCAGCUUCAGUGGGCAGUUUGCUCUUCACUGCUAUUGACAGGUACAUAUGCAUUCACAGGCCUUCUGAAUACAGGGCAAUUAUAACAAAGAGGAAAGCAGUGAACUGCAUUUUAGUUAUGUGGUUAAUUGUUAUUUUUAUAGGUUUACUUCCUUUAAUGGGAUGGAAUUGCUGUGAGUCACAUAAUUACUGUUCCGAGCUAUUUCCUUUAGUUGAUGAAGCCUAUUUAAUUUGCUGGAUAAUGCUUAUAACUUGUCUGUUAGUUUUAAUAAUUCAUGCCUAUAUACAUAUUCUAUGGAAGGCCCAUUUUCAUUCAGUCUACAUGGAGAAACAGAAAGAAGGAAGGAAAGGUCAAGUAAAAUUAGGACACAAACGUAUGGACAUUAAACUUGCCAAAACGCUAGGCCUAAUACUAAUCAUUUUGAUUACAUUUUGGUCUCCAGCCUUGGCUCUAAUGACAUAUGAUGUAUUUGCCAAAGUAAGCAAAGAUACCAAAAAGGUGUUUGCUUUUUGCAGCAUGCUAUGUUUGCUAAAUUCUACCAUGAAUCCAAUUGUUUAUGCGCUAAGGAGCAAAGAUAUGCGCCGUUCAAUAGUAAACAUAUUGUCUGGGUGCAAGAAGCAGCAGUCAUCUCUGGAGAGCAGUAUGGAGUCUGAUGGACAGAUCAAAAGCCAAAUUAUAAGUGUUUGUUCAUCAUGUGAUAAGUAUAGCCCUGUAACUUCAGAAAAUAGUACCUCACCCACCAUGCCUGUGUGAAAUAUUUCGUUGCUUGAACAACAAAACUUUCAGAACAACAAUUUACUUUAUGCAAAGAGGAAAAGCAGUCUAGCUGAUGGUACUUAUUUGGAUCCACAUGACUGGGGACUUCUUUCAAGUGAACACAUUUUCAGGCAUCAAGUGAUCCCAAUUCACCCAUUGAUGGAAUUUCUAUGUACUGAUACUUCAGAUAUGUUACAGAAUUUAAGAAUCACAUUUGCCAACUUUUCUGUAGGAAAAUAUUAGUAUGUAUUCCUGACUUUGGUGUCAAUUUCAUCAGCAUUUCAAAAUGUUAACAGCGCCUUUACACAUUCACUAUCAAAUAGCACUGUAUAUGGGUGACCAUGUUUCAUAAAUUCUGCAAUGGAUUUUCAAUAUGUAGCACAAUUUUAACAAACAAAUACCUUUCUGUCGAGUUAGUGCAAUAAACAUCGUGGCAAAUUAAUCUUAGAGGUAACAUAGAACAAGUUCAGAAAUGGGAAACUUUAUUAAAAUUUCUCAUUGGAUCAUAAUCCCACAUUGUAACCACUAAUCUGUUUGCAAAUGAUAAGUUCUCAUCAUGUUAAAACAAGUCUACUGAGCCAAACCAGAAGAGCUGAUAACAAUGUGAAUACUUUUUAUUGAUGUAUUUUUGUACAUAGUAAUAGCUUUGCUGUUUGGUCCAAGAACUGGUACAAACAAAAGUUCUGUUGAGUUUCACAAUUUAGAUUUAAAGAUAAUAAAAACAGAAAAUGUUGGAAAGCAGGUCAGGCUAUAUUCGUGUAAAGAGAAACAGAGUUAACAUUUCUGGUCAAAAGCCCUUCAUCAGAACUGGGAAUGAGAGAAAAACAAGUUAUUUUUAAUUUACAGGAAAGAUGGGAGAAGGGAUGUAUAGGAUGAAGGGAACAUCUGUAACAGGGUGAAGCUAGGAUUACCAUGGGGAUACAUUGUAGAAUUCUUCUGGUCAUUGGGUUAACUGGAGCAGUUAGAGGAUGCUAAAGCACACCAAGAAGUGUAAAAUGUUCUGAGAUGCAGGGCUAUGGGACGUGCCCAGCAGGUCAGUCUUUGCUAACGGAAGGAGAAAAACUGAGCCAGAAUCACAGAUGGAUGACUUACAGGAGAAACGACCAGUUCUGAUACAGACAGGGAAAACAGGUUAGCAUAAGUUGUAGAAUUUGAAAUUGAGUCCUGAAGGCUGCAUCAUGCCCAGACAGAAGAUGAGGUGCUGCUCCUCAAGACAUCACUCUUUAUUUCACAACAAUCUAUGCAUCUUUGUUUGUAUUAUUGUUCUCUAACUACCCCAUUAACCCACUGACUGGAGGACCUCUGCAACUUAUCCUCCUGGCAACCUUGGUGUCACCUUAUCGCUGAUGUUCACUUUGUCCUAUUCAUUCCUCCCUUCACCUUCUCUACAACUUAAAACAUUUUUUUCCAGUUCUGAUGACAGGACUUAGAGCAGAAAUGUUAACUCUGUUUCUCUUUUCACAUGUGCUGCCUAACCUUCUGAGUAUAUACAACAUUUUCUGGAUUUCCAGCAGCUGCAUUUUAGAUUUAAAGAUCCUUGUUUUAACCUAUGGAUUGCUGUAUAUUCCUGAUCUAUUACUUAAGUUUGUUUGCUAGCUGUGAUAAUAUACAGUAUUUAUGAUGGAGUUUCCAGUCUCCUGUGAUAACUCACCAAAUAAACAUUUGGUAAAUCGUCAUUACUGAUAAUUGGACCUUGUUUAACUUUUACUGAGGUUGAUGAUAAUAAAUAGCAGCUUCUUUCACAUUAUUGAUUAUCUGCAUGCAUUAUUAAAGAAAAUAAUGAAACCAGAAUGUGAUAUUUAUAUAAUUAUGGAUUGUUUAUGGAUUCCAUUUUGUGUAUAUUCCAUAACAUAGACAGAAAAAUCAUUUAAGUAAAUUAUAUUAUGAACUCAAGUGUGCAUCAUUUUGUUUGGAUGAGAACUGGAAUUGCAGCCAUGUUCUGUCCAAUGAUUUU